AUGGUAAGCAAGCUUCCCAACGCCGUUUGGCCCAAAGGGGCAUUCGUCGAGAUUGUCCAGGUGUGGCAGCAGGAGUGGUUCCACAUCACUGAACCCCGCGACGCCAACUGGGCAGCCACACCUGAUUUUAGAUCCGGGCCCCCCACGAGACUCACCUCAUGGACUGCCAAGGGCCUUGAUUGGGGGUCUAAACCGGAAGUGCAGAUGCUGCACAAACGCAUCUCCAGCGUGCUGGGCGAAAACAUCGGUCUCACAAACGUGAUUCAGGGCUGGACGACGAAGCCAGGGCGGAUCAACUGUCCGGCACCACUACCCAAGAACCCGGCCACACCCCCAGCUAACAGAGAUGUUGUGUCCGGAGAGACCGAAGCCCUCUCCUCCCACGAGGAAAACGAGGAAGAAGAGGCGGAGGAGGUGGAAAGUGACUCCCCCCAUAAGAGGAGGAAUAAGAAGAGGGCGGCCUCCGAAGACCCGGAGGGGGAGGCGCCCAAGACAGGGGAAGUGAUCCUCCAGGAUAGUUCAGACUCAGAGUCCGAACUGGUCCGCAAAAAGCCUCCAAGGGCGAAGCCCCUGGCCGAAUCCCCUCCCCGCGAGCUCCCGCACACUCCGUUAUUGGAGGGGAACUCUUUGCCGCCCAAGAUGGCAAAGAGCGAGACGCCGCCACGAGCCCCCUCACCUAUCACCAUGGAGGACACCGAGGUGUCGUCCCGAAGGACCUCUCCUAACCGAGGGGGGGUGAGCAAGGCUGUCGAGAAGGCGCCCGAGGUUAAUACCUUGGUCGCCGAAGAGCUAGGGGAGGCGACCCAUAUGACCAUCGACGACGGGGAGCCCCAACAAUACGGCCCCCAGCCGAACACCAUUCCGAAGACCAAUGCGGCUCCAGGAUCGGAUAAGCAAGCCCCUUUGAAAGAGGGGGGAGGAGCAUCAGCUCCAUCGGCGGCCUCCACUAAUCCAGAGGCACCCAACGCUCCGGAGGAAGCACUACAAUGUGCUUCCAUCGUGGAGGAGAACCGCACCCUGAUGGGUGCGGUAGUGGAGAAGGCUUCCCUUUUGGCGGCGGCCGCCCAAGCCGCCGAAGUUUCCCAACUCAAUCGGAAGAUUUGGGUGGCCGAUGAAGAAAUCGACCGCAUUAGCAAGCGGUUCGAUGAAACGCAAGUUGGUGCAGCCGAGGUCGAGACCCUCCAAGGCGCCCUUGCCCAAGCCCAGAAAGAGGCGAAGGCAAACAAGGCAGCCACUGACAAAGCGGCUGUAGAACUGAAGACCGAGCAGGCCGCCCACCGCCAACACGAAGCUCGGGUGGCCGAAGUCAAGCAGGAGCUAAAGGAUGCCAUCAGCAAAUGCGAAGCUUUGGAGGAGAAGACUUCGGCCCAAUCGUCCGAACUCGCCAAAUCCCUCCAGGAGGCUAAAGAGGCGUGGGUCGAGUCCCGGAGUGCUCGCGAAGAGAUCCGUCAGGUGAAGCAGAUAGCGGCUGGUAAGGCCUUUCUUUUGCAGAGUAUUUUUGGAGGUCAAAGAUAUGCUUUGCUCACUCGAGUGUGGAGUUCUCCAGACGCGUUUGCGGAUCUUCCAAGCAGUGCCGCCGAUGCCGCACAGUUCUUCCAAGCCCAGGAGGGGAACUCGACCGAGAAGCUGUUCUGGUCGUAG